CUCGACUUCUGCCUUCUCCAGAAAGACAAAUGCAGAUCGUCCGGUGGCUGUACCUCUCCGGGCUGGUGGUUGCCAUGCUGAUCCCGGCAGGGCGGCAGAUGAGCCCCAAGGACUUGGAUGACACGUCCAGAUGGCAGUCGUACGAAUCCCAAAGCGCCCAAAGCUUCGCCUCCAACAUCAAGCGACACUCGGAAGGCACCUUCACCAGCGACUUCACCCGCUACCUGGACAAGAUGAAGGCCAAGGACUUUGUGCACUGGCUCAUCAACACCAAGCGGUACAGCUCCGCGAAGAGGUCCCCGAAGGAGGAGCCCCGUGGCGUCCCCUUCCCGGCCGCGUUCCCACCGCUCACGUAA